AUGGCACGUCAGCAACAAGACGUGGACGAACUUUUCGAAAUAAAAAAUUAUUUUUAUAUUGGAAAUUACCAACAAUGCAUAAACGAGGCACAAAAACUGAGAAAGCCGUCAACGCCCGAAGUAGCCAUCCAAAGAGACUUCUACACCUACCGGUCCUAUAUGGCACAAAAUAAAUUCCUAGUAGUAUUAGAUGAAAUCCACGGGGCAUCUCCUCCAGAAAUCCAACCCCUAAAAUACCUCGCUGAUUACUUAGCUGGUAAAAUCAAGAAGGAUUCUGUGGUCGCCCAAGUGGAGCAACAAGUACAAGCGAAUGCUAACAAUGAUACUCUAAUUUUGGUAGCAGCUACUAUUUAUGUUAACGAAGGCAAUCUUGAAGCUGCAUAUAAAGUUUUGCACGCCACAGAAAGCCUCGAAGCAAUGGCGUUUAUUAUAGAUAUACUUUUAAAAUUGGAUAGAGUAGAUUUGGCAAGGAAGAAGCUCAAAGAAAUGCAAGAUAAGGAUGAUGAUGCAACUUUAACACAACUGGCUCAAGCUUGGAUUAAUGUUGCCACUGGUGGAGAUAAACUCCAGGAUGCCUACUACAUUUACCAAGAACUUGUAGACAAAUAUGGAUCCACUCCAUUGUUACUAAAUGGACAAGCAGUGACUUUCAUUGGUCAAGCCAAAUAUGAGGAAGCCGAAGCUGCUCUUCAAGAAGCACUUGAUAAGGAUGCCAACUAUCCUGAUACACUUGUUAACAUGAUCACCCUUCAGAGACAUAUGGCUAAAGCACCAGAGAUUGCUAAUAGAUAUCUAUCUCAGUUGAAAGAUGCAAAUCCUGAUCAUCCAUACAUUCGUGAUCUGAAGAUAAAAGAAAAUGAUUUUCACAGGAUUUGUCAGCAAUAUUCCCCUUCAGUUUCAGCCAUUCCAGCUUAA